AUGUGUCCAGGAGUUUCAUCCCAACUCCAGUUAAAAGAAUCCGGGCCAGAAGUGGUAAGACCUGGAGAGACCCUCGAGUUGACCUGUACGGUCACCGGGGGUUCAGUCACAAACAGCUACUGGUGGCACUGGGUUCGCCAGUCUCCUGGGAAAGGGCUGGUCUGGAUGGGGUACUGGACUGGGAGCACCAACUAUGCUCCAGCAUUCAGAGACCGAAUCACCAUCUCGGUGGAUCCCUCGCAAACCAAGGAAUACUGGACUGCUAGCACGUAUUCUCCUCCAGCCUUCAGUGACCGAAUCACCAUCUCGGUGGAUCCUUCGGAAACCAAGUACUUUCUGAGGCUGACCUCGGUGACGGUUGCAGAUUCCGCCACGUAUUACUGUGUGACGCAGUCUGGCCCAGCAAUGGUGCGGCCAGGAGGGUCCUUCAAAAUGACCUGCAUCGUCUCCGGGUUUCAAGUCAGUGAUUAUUACUGGCACUGGAUGCGACAACUCCCGAGGAGAAGCAUGGAGAGUCUGGGAUUCAUUCGAAGCUCUUCGAGAGAAGGAACCACCCGGUACAACCCAGCCUUCAGCAGCCGAAUGAGCGUCACCAGGGACACCUCCAGGAAUGAGGCCUACCUCCAGCUGAGCUCCCUGACAGCUGCAGACACGGCCUCGUAUUACUGUGUGAGAGGCACGCAUGGUGGUAAUUGGGCUUUCGAUUAUUGGGGUAAAGGCACCCUCGUCACUGUCACAUCAGCUUCCCAAUCUGCCCCUUCUCUUUUCCCCCUCAUUCCAUCGGACUACACAAAUGCUGGAGACGUCAUCGUUGGGUGCUUAGCCAAGGAUUUCCUACCCGACUCCCUCACUUUCUCCUGGCAAAAGCCAAACAAUGACAGUCUCGAGGCGGAAAAAAUCAGGCGGUUCCCUUCUAUUGCCAACUCUAAUGGGGUUUACACCACCAGCUCUGAGGCGACCAUCCCUGCUAAUCAGUGGGAGAUGUUUGAACCCUACUUCUGCAAGGCCCAACUUGCUUCUGAGACCAGAGUGGCACGAGUCGUUCGUCAAACCAAAUGUAUUCCACUUGAGCCUACGAUUAUUGUCCGCGUACCUCCGCUAGAAGACUUCCGAGGUGCGUACCUCAAUGCCACCCUUCUCUGCAAGGCCGAUAACCUGCACACUGAGAAAACGACCAUUAAGUGGCUGGAGGAUGGGAAAGUGCUCUCCUCUGGAUUCACCACCUCUGCACCAAUCAAACAAGCCCGUGGCGGUUACUCCAUCAUCAGCGAGCUCAUCGUCACCAAAAGGGACUGGUUCGCUAGCAAAGUAUUCUCCUGCCAAGUGCAAAAUGAGAAGUAUAAUGAGAUCAGGAACGUCAGCAAGCCCUCCGUCUGUGAAGAUUGCGGCGGCGCUAGCGUGCCAGUUCGUGUGGAGACCAUCCCUCCAUCCUUCGAGGAUAUCUACCUGACCAGGUCAGUCAAGCUGACCUGCAGAGUUUCCAACAUACCCUUCGACGAGGAUCUUGCAGCACUGAAUGUCACCUGGAUACGAAAACAUGCCAACAAACCAGAAGAAGAACUGGAAACCACGAUUGGGCAGGCUAAAGAGCAGGAAGACAGAGAGCUGGUAUUCGUGGAUGCCACGGCCAACGUUUGCAUAGAGGAUUGGGAGAGUGGUGAUGAAUUCCAGUGCAAAGUGGCGCUUCCCCUACUUGCCAGCACUGAAACAAGGUCUUUGAAGAAGGAGAAUGGUGGUAGCCGCAGUCCUCCAUCCGUCUAUGUCUCCCCUCCUUCCUCGGAAGAACUGGCUCUGAAGGAAACAGCCACCGUCACUUGCCUGAUAAAGGACUUCUUCCCCAGAGGCUUCUUUGUAAGAUGGCUGCAGAACAAUGAAGUCGUGGGAGGCUCAGAAUACUACACCAGCAAUCCCAUACAGGAAUCCAAGAGCCCCGAGCGGUUCUUCGCCUACAGCACCCUGAGGACCACAGAGCAGGCCUGGAGUGAAGGAAACACUUUCACUUGCGUGGUGGGUCAUGAGGCGCUUCCCUACCAGACAACUCAGAAGACGAUAGACAAGAACACGGCUUUCCUUGAUGGGAUUGUGAUCAUUGAGGAUGAUGAGGGAAUCCUAAACAUCUCGUCAAUCCUUUUCACUUUCAUCAUCCUGUUCCUCGUGAGCCUUUUCUACGGCGCCACCGUGACUGUCAUCAAGAUAUCAGCAAGGUUUUCCCACUCUUUACUUUCAGAAUGCGCCAAAAGAAAUCCAACACCCAUUCGAGUUCGCCUGUUGACCCCUGACUGUGAUGCAGAGAACACGGAGACUGAUCUGGAGCUCAUAUGUGUCCUUUUGAGCUCUGGCCCUGGACAAGCCAAAGUGGAAUGGCUAAUCAAUGGAGCUGUGGAGCAAAAUAAACGGACCGUGAAACUCAUUCAACAAGAAAGCGGUGGUUACUCCAGCUCCAUCACACAAAACAUCACCAAAAAGAGUUGGGACAAAGGGGACCACUACACAUGCCGAGUGACUCCCCUGCCGACAAACCAGGACACUGAAAUGUACAACACCAGCAAAUGCAAGGCCUGUUAUAAAUCAAUGCAAGUACCUGCCAUCUCCAUCACCAAACCAUCCUACAGAGAUCUGGUCGAAGGGACAGCCACUGUCACCUGCCUUGUGGAGGGCUUCUUCCUGGAAAAGAUCCAGAUGACCUGGAAUGUAGACGGCAGUCCUAGCACCGAGCCUCAGCCAGAAAUUGUGAAGACAGAUGCUGGUGGGCGCCCGAACGCAAAAAGUAGCCACUCAGUAUCACUACAGCAAUGGGGAAAGGGCACCACAUUCCAGUGCAAAGUAGCCACCAUGUGCUCAGGGGAAAUCACCAAAGAUGUCACAAUAAAAAAGGACACACAUACACAAACCAAGGCGCCUAUAAUCACGAUCUCCCAAGCCUACCGUGACACAUCUUCCAGCAGCACCAUUGCCCAGAUUCUUGUGUGUGAUGUGAAUGGUUUUUUCCCAAUGGAAAUCAGCAUCUCAUGGAAGAAGAACAAUAUACUGCUGAACACAUCACUGUAUGACAAUGGGCCUGUGGUGUCAUCUGGAGAGGCCUAUGCCACUUACAGCAUCCUGAAGAUUGGUAGGAGUGAAGGAAGGAAUGGGAGAAACAGCUACACCUGUGUGGUCCACCAUUCCUCCUCUCCCAAGACAAUCACAGCUGAUGAAGCCAUAUCCUCUGAUUUUCUGGAGCCAACUUCCCCUCACGUUAUGGCAUUCCACACCUCUGAGGAAGAGGCAAGACAUACACUCAUCUGCUUUGCUACUGGUUUCCAUCCAAAAAAUAUUGACAUUCAGUGGAGUGUCCCAGGAGUGAAUCUCAGCUGUAGUUUUAACUCUUCAGCUCUGGUGGCCCUCAGUGACGGAAAGUACCAGAAGAGCUGCAACCUGGCACUCAGUGAAGAAGAAUGGAGAGAACCCCAAACAUAUACAUGCACUGUCUAUCACAGCUCAACCAACACUUUGACUAAGAAGGUCUUACAUUCUUCUGGAACGUUCUCAGCUCCCAUCAACGCAACAAUUAUAUCCAUACAACCCCCGUCCUUUGAAGACCUCUUUACAAACAAAAGUGCAGCUCUAACAUGCACGGCACCACUUGCUGAUGCAAUGAUGAAUUGGACAGUCCUUUGGCUUAUGGAUGGACAACCUGCCAACACUCAAGCGGUGACCACAGAAGUCUUGAAUAAAACCACUGACACUGCCUGGAUGUGUAGCCAGUUGGUGGUGAACCUUACUGAAUGGAAAGGCACCAUGAAGUUCACCUGUAGUAUUUCUACUGGAUUAGGAGAAGUCACACAGUUCUACGAGAGAAGGCAUGGCACGAUGAAGUCCCCCAAAGUCUCCCUCCAGCAGCAGUCCUCCAGAGAAGACCUCAAUGUAACUUUAUUCUGUAUAGCCACAGAUUUCUACCCAGGAGAAGUUUUUGUGAAAUGGCAGGAGGAGAACACAGAGGUGUCACUGAAGGGCCACGACGCCCACGACUUGAAGUGUGACCAUGGAAGAGAGAGGUGCUCUUUACUCAGCAUCCUCGAAGUCCCAAGAAGUCAAUGGAUGAUGGGAGUCUCCUACACGUGCCUUGUAGCUCACGUCUCCUCUCCAAACAUCAUAUUUAGAAGAGCCAAUUCUCAUUCUGAUUCCUGGGACUGUGCUGUCACAAAUGCUGAUAUUUAUGGCAUCUGCAAUGAAGCAGACGAUGUAUACAGUGAACUAUCUGAGCUGGAUGGUGCCUGGAAUAGGGUCUCCACUUACCUGAUCCUCUUUCUGCUUGCACUCUUCUAUGGGGGCCUUGUCACUUUCUUCAAGAGCAUCCCAAGCAAUGGACUCGUCACCAUCGGGUGCUUGGCCAAGGAUGUCAUGCCUUCUGUGGUCAGUUUCACCUGGAAUGAUCAGAACAACGUCAGCAUCGAUGCACAUUAUGUCAAGCAGUUCCCUUCCAUUUUCUACCCAUCUGGAACUUUCACCUCCAGCUCCCAGGUGGCCAUCUCUGCCAACGACUGGCGGAAUUUUCAGCAUUUCUAUUGCAAAGCUACCAACAACGCUGGGACUGGAGUAGUUCAAGUCGCUCGUCAAACUUCCUGUCUGAAGCCUGAGAUGAUUAUCCGUGCGCCACGCCUAGAAGAUUUUGAGAAUUCUGACCCAAAUGCCACCAUUGUCUGCAUGGCUGUUAAUUUGCACACUGCCAGAGCCACAGUCCAGUGGCUGAAGGAUGGUCGUACACUCGACUCUGGCUUCGCCAACACUGGACCAGUCGCAGUGGGUCCUAGUGGUUACAGCAUCAUCAGUGAGCUCACAGUCGAUAAGAGAGACUGGACCUCUGACAAGACAUUCUCCUGUGAAGUGCACAAUGAGAACUUCACCAGCAUCAGGAAUAUCAGCAAGUCCCUUGUCUGUGAUGCUGGUUCUUGUGGUGAAGUGCAAGUCCACGUGGAGGCCAUCCCACCAUCCUUUACUGAUAUUUACCUGAACAAAUCAGCCAAGCUGACCUGCAGAAUCUCCAACAUGCCCUAUGAUCAGGAACUUAAAGAAUUGAGUGUCACCUGGACACGGGAACGUGACGACACACAGCUGGAAACCAUAAUUGGACAGAUUACGGCACAAGAAGACAAUGCAUUGGCAUUUGUAGACGCAACAGCAACUGUGUGCCCAGAAGAAUGGGACAGUGGGGACACCUUUAAGUGCAAAGUUACUAUUCCCUCCCUUCUUCCCACAGCUGAAACAAGAACCCUGAGGAAGCUUAAAGGCAGUCCUUACCACGCUCCUGCUGUCUAUGUCCUACCACCACCACCAGAACAACUGGCUUUGCAGGAAACGGCCACCCUCACUUGCCUGAUGACAGGUUUCUACCCCAAUGACUUCUUUGUGAAAUGGCUCCGGAAUGAUGAGCCCAUAGGACCUUCAGAGUACUUCAUCAGCAAGCCCAUACAGGAAUCCAAGACCCCCGAGCGGUACUUCACCUAUAGCACGUUGAAUGUCAAAGAGCAGGACUGGAGUUAUGGCGCCAUUUACACUUGCGUGGUGGGACACGAGGCACUUCCCUUUCAAACAACUCAGAAGACCAUAGACAAGAAGACGGGUAAACCCACCCAUGUCAACGUCUCCCUAGUGUUGUCUGAAACUACAAACACUUAUUACCUUGAUGGGAUUGUAGCCAUCGAUGAUGAUGAAGGACUCCUAAGCAUCUCAUCCUUCUUUUCCACUUUCAUCAUCCUCUUCCUCGUGAGUCUUUUCUACAGUGCCACGGUGACCGUCAUCAAGGUAAAAUGA